AUGGAUCCCGCAAAGCCUGUCGACCUGCCCGAGCGGCCCAAGGAGGCCGAGGCUGAGCCCAAGCAGUCCAAGGCCGCCAAGAAGAAGGAAGAGAAGAAGAAGGCCAAGGCCGAGGCGAAAGCGAACAACGCGAACAACCCCCGCCCUCCGAAGGAGGACAAGCCCAAGCCCGCCAAAGCGCCUAAGGAGGCUGUUGCGCCCCGCGAUCCCGAUGCGAUGUUCAAGGUCGGUUUUCUGAACGAUGUCUACAACGAGCGACCGCUCUCCGAUACCGUCCCCAAGAUCCGCACCCGUUUCCCGCCCGAGCCCAACGGAUACCUCCACAUCGGACACAGCAAGGCCAUUGCGGUCAACUUUGGCUUUGCACGAUACCAUGGCGGAGAGUGUAUCCUGCGCUUCGAUGAUACGAACCCUGAGGGCGAGGAAGAACGGUACUACGAUGCUAUUCGCGAUAUCGUGGCCUGGUUGGGAUUCACGCCUGUGCGGGAGACACAUGCCAGUGACAAUUUCGACCGUCUUUACGAACUGUCCGAGGAAUUGAUUAGGCGCGACGGUGCUUAUGGGGAGACCGCAGGUGGUCAACGUGGCGGUCAGCGCUUUUCUUGCAGCCACCGCACACGACCCAUCGAAGAAUCACUGGCGGAGUUUCGCGCUAUGCGUGAUGGCAAGUAUAAAGCCGGAGAAGCGGCACUUCGGAUGAAACAAGACAUUUCUAAUCCAAACCCAAUGCUCUGGGAUAUCUUCGCGUGGCGCAUUCCGGAGGGUGAUAAACAGCAUCUUCGUGCUUCAAAGUACAAAAUGUUCCCCACAUAUGACAUGGCUCACGGACUUUGCGAUAGCAUUGAGGGCAUUACGCACUCGCUGUGCACGACGGAAUUCGAGUUGUCGCGUGUUUCAUAUGAAUGGCUCAACGAGAAGCUAGAUGUUUACCGCCCCAUGCAGCGCGAGUACGGCCGUCUCAAUAUUACCGGUACUGUGCUUUCUAAGCGCAAGAUUAUUCAGCUCGUUAAGGAGGGGCAUGUCCGUGACUGGGAUGAUCCGCGCCUGUACACCCUCAUUGCUCUCCGCCGCCGGGGUGUACCCCCCGGCGCCAUCCUUGCCUUUGUCAACGACCUUGGUGUCACCAAAGCCGUUACCAACGUGCAGGUCGCCAAGUUCGAACAGACCGUACGCCAGUACCUCGAGACCACCGUUCCACGUCUAAUGGUCGUCACCGAGCCCCUGAAGGUCAUCAUCGAUGACUUGCCCGACGGCUACGAGGAACUCGUCGAGGUUCCCUUCGGCAAGGACGACACCUUCGGCACCCACACCGUUCCCUUCACCAAGACCGUGUACAUCGAGCGCUCUGACUUCCGCGAGGUCGACUCUCCAGACUACUUCCGCCUGGCCCCCGGCAAAACCGUCGGCUUGCUCAAGGCCCCUUACCCGAUCACUGCCACAUCCUUUGAGAAGGACCCCGCCACUGGCAUCGUCUCCGUCGUGCACGCGAAAUACGAGAAGCCCGCCGAGGGUGAGACGGCCAAGCGCCCGAAGACCUUCAUCCACUGGGUUGGCGAGUCGGCCAAGCACAACAGCCCCAUCCGCGCGGAGAUCCGCGCGUUCAACUCGCUGUUCAAGUCAGAGGAUCCCUCUUCACACCCUGGCGGCUUCCUGAAGGACAUCAACCCAGACUCAGAGGAGAUCUACAAGGACGCGAUGAUUGAGACGGGCUUCGAGGAGAUUCGUCGUACGGCGCCUUGGCCGAAGGCGGCUGGGGAGGGCGACGUCGAGUCUAACCAGCACUGCAUCCGAUUCCAGGGUAUGCGCAUUGCAUACUUUGCUGUUGAUCGGGAGUCAACCCCUGAUAAGGUUAUUUUGAACCGCAUUGUUACUCUGAAAGAUACCCAGGGUAAGAACUGA